AGCACGGCAACACGGAUGCCAAGCCGUUGGACGACUCUCAUGUUGCAUCGGGAGAACGGAGUUGGAUUACGCGCGGUGGUAGUUCGACACGAACGACCGCGGCGGGCGUUUGUGAUAAUCGCCGUUGCGACGGGAUCAUCCGACGCCCGAUUAAUCGAAAGGUGACGCUUACCGAGACAAGUCGGGGUUCGACCCAAAAUAUUCGGUUACAAGAAAUUAAUCUUGUCGCGCAAGAACGUAACUUGCACGAUACCUCGACGACAGCUCGUUACGACCAAUUGAGCGGCUAAUUGCCGUAGCUGUCUGAUCCGCUGAUUUCUAAUAGUUAGCCGCUCAACUUGCCCGACAAAAGAAAAAGAAGAAAGACUCUUCGCGCGCACUCGCGAGCGUGCGUUACCUUAUUUCGCGACGUACAUCGUUACGCGUAACGCGGAAAGUGUCCCGAUCUGGGACAGUCCGGGUACCCCACCCGCGAUCCAGCGAUCCAUCGAUCCCGAUGGCCUCCGGCCUCUCUCCCUCUUUUUUCGCCUCACCUCCGGCUGGUCUCUCGGUACCUUCCCUUUCGGUCUUUGGUCCUCGCAGCCAUCCGGUCGAGACCGACAGGGUUUACUAAGAGAGAGCACACGUCCUCCAGAAACUUCAGUGUAAACCGCGCUCUCGAACCCGAAGGAUCUUCGGAUUCCUCCACUUUGAGACAGAGAGUUGGGGGUGCGCGAGAGAAAGAAGAAGAUCCAGUUAACUCAUGCGGGAUCCCGAUGCGACGUUCGACGGUUCGAGUGUGAUCGAGUCUUCAGCAUCGAUCCGGCAGUGAUCCUAUCGCGAUUUCGGUGUUCCUGAUCGGAGCUUCCUGUGGUAAAAGCAAUGUGGGGUCGUGUUCUUCUAGUAUCGUUCGCGCUUAUAGCGCUCGGAACAGCGAAAUGUCCGAGGAGGAAAACGUCGCCCGUCAGAGAAAUUCUGUGCUAUACUUCCACCUUCGACGCGCAGCUCUUAGCCGGCUCCGUGUGCAGCUGCACCACUCUGGUGCAUCAAAAUCAUGAUGUGCGGAAUCUCUCAAUUUCCGACAUUGCAGACUUGCGGAAGUCUUUGAAAGAGAUGCAUCCGCCUCUUCAAUUUGUAAUUUCUAUAUACGAUCCAGCGAUGACGCUCAGAAAUUCCGCCACGGUACGGCAGGAAGCUAUCGCUCGGAUUAUUGCCGUUAUGAAAGAGGUGGACGGCGUGGAGAUGAACGUGACGGCGGGUUCGAAGGAGCGCCUUUAUAAUUUUGUCAAGAGUCUGAAAGACGAAAUGAUCCGCAAAUCUUACGACAAGAGGAUUUUCAUGGCUUUGUCCAGCAGAUCGGAGGAUUUGGCCAAGCAGUUUGAUAUUAAGGAGCUCAUAAAGUAUAUCGAUCUAUUUACGUUGCCGACGGAUUAUAUGACGGACGAAGACGGAGCCUACGUCACCUUUCACCCCUCGCGCCUGAUGGGACUUUUCGACAUGCUGAACACAGACAGCCUGAUAGACUUGAUAAGUGGAUUAGGAGCACCCAAGCAGAAGAUCGUGAUGACCUUGCCGGCCAGUGCGUACAGAUUCACUUUGGAGAACGAGGACGAGAACGCCCCGAGAUCGGCGACUACGGAGAAGGAGCCCGUGCCGAUCGACCGUGAACAGCUCUGCGAGGCCACAAACAGCGGGGAAUGGACCGUGGAACGAGAUGAGGAUCUCACGGCGCCGUACGCAUUUCAAAACAAAACGUGGAUCGCUUUCGAAGAUAAGAUUUCGGUCGGAAUAAAGGGGAAAUACGCGUUGCUGCGGGACUUGGCGGGUUUGGCGGUGCGAAAUAUAGAGAACGAUGUGGAGACCGAAUGCGAGGAACCGCUCGCGCAGGAGAUUUAUCGUGCGUUUACAGAAUUUAAGAGAAAAUCGAGACAAGCCGUGCUCAACGCGCUGGAAGACGAGCUUCAUCAAAUGCAAUUUUCGUAUCCAAAUCAUGCGAAAACGUCCAGCUUCCGCGUCGUUCGUGCGGUGGACACGGACGGGCACAUCAGGGCCGUACGCGAAAACACGCAAACUGAAUUCGUUUGCAAACGGCAAGGCUACUUCGUCCAUCCAAAGAGUUGCAACAGAUUCUAUCGUUGUGUAAAAUUCAAUCAAGCAGUAGAGGACUAUUCCGUCUUCGAAUUUGAUUGUCCGGCCGGACUGUCGUUCGACGAGCGCACGGAGGUUUGCGUUUGGCCGGGCUCCUUGCCCGAGGGCUCGCCGUGUCCUGGCAGCAGCGAGAUCGCUCCUGUCGCCCCGAAGAGAUUCGAAUGCUCCCAACCCGGCUACUACGCGGACCCACAAAAUUGUCGUUGGUUCUUCGCUUGCAUGGAUUUAGGUGGAUCGGAAUUAAUGGCGUUCGAGUUUCGCUGCCCGUACGGCCUGGUGUUUGACGAGCAGAAGCUGGUGUGCGAGUGGCCUUGGCUGGUGCCAGCCUGCUCGGGAUCCGGCUACGCCAGAACGGAAUACAACUACGGGGGAUACACCGCGGGAGCCUCGACUGGCGGUGGAGUCGGCGGUUACGUCACCGGCGGUUUGCCGGAGCACUCCGUCACGGAGGGAGCGGAUUACAACGUGGACUAUUCCAGGACGACCGGUACCGGUGUCCGCGGACCGAACUAUUUCGGAUCCACCGCGGGAGAUAUCGGCAGACAUCCCGGUGCCUCGACUCCCGGCGCCGGAACAGUUUCCGGACACGUCGGGUUCUCUGGUCCAACCGGUGUCGGUUAUUCUAAGUCCACCGAAUAUGGAGGCGCGGUAUCGUCCGGUAUACAGAUUGGUUCGGUACCACCUCGUACAAUCGUGGCAGAAGGUGGCACGGGAUACUCCGCAUCGACCAGCCAAAUUGGCGGUACUGGAUAUACCGUCUCUGACGGAUUUAAUACUGGUAGAUUUGGGAACACGGGAUCGCCGGGAGGAAUCACCGCAGACUUUUCCGAAUCCACAUCGGGAGAGUAUUCCGGAACUGCUGGUGGAAGCCAUUUGACGCAGCAAGGCGUAACUUAUUCGGCAAGACCUAUCUCGGGCUAUCCUAGUUCGGUAGCGGGAGGCUAUACAGGAAGUACGACUAGCCCGAUAAUAGAUACAAGUUAUUCUAGAACUUCCGGGGGAGUAGGAUUUUCUGGAUCCACAUCGGGAGGAUAUUCCGGAACUGCUGGUGGAAGCCACUUGACGCAGCAAGGUGUAACUUAUUCGGCAGGACCUAUCUCGAGCUAUCCUGGAGGCUAUACAGGAAGUACGACUAGUCCGAUAAUAGAUACAAGUUAUUCUAGAACUUCCGAGGGAGUAGGAUUUUCUGGAUCCACAUCUGGAGAGUAUUCCGGAACUGCUGGUGGAAGCCACUUGACGCAGCAAGGUUCGGCAAGACCUAUCUCGGGCUAUCCUAGUUCGGUAGCGGGAGGCUAUACAGGAAGUACGACUAGUCCGAUAAUAGAUACAAGUUAUUCUAGAACUUCCGGGGGAGUAGGAUUUUCUGGAUCCACAUCGGGAGGAUAUUCCGGAACUGCUGGUGGAAGUCACUUGAGGCAGCAAGGUGUAACUUAUUCGGCAGGACCUAUCUCGAGCUAUCCUGGAGGCUAUACAGGAAGUACGACUAGUCCGAUAACAGAUACAGGUUAUUCUAGAACUUCCGAGGGAGUAGGAUUUUCUGGAUCAUCUCUCGAUUCUCACGUAGGAUCUGCGAGUCCUAAAUAUGUCGGAUCGACGAAUGUAUACGAAGGCUCUAGCACGCAUACUGACGGCUACUCGGCUUCUACCGGGGCUUAUUCAGGAGCAACCGGACAUCAGCCAUCGUUCGGCCAAACUGGUCCGCCAUUCGGAUCUGUUUCUUAUCCUGGCGCUACUGGCAAUGUUGACGUCACAGGAUCGACUAACAGGCAAUACGCGGGCUCAACAGCAUACGGACAGUCGACUGGCGCGGAAUACUCCAAGGGUACGGGCGGGAUCAGCUCUACUGAAAGCACUAUUAAUUUGUCAACCAGUUCUGGGAUAGGAUCAAAUCUGUACGGUACAACGGGUUCAGGUCGCGUCCCAGGAACCGAUUUCAUUAGCGGCGUUCCGAGCUCCGAAUUGGGAACCUCGGGAGUUUCUACGGUCUCCGGGCAUGUGAGCAUUACUUCUAGACCAACAGGCGCUUCUUCGACAGGCUACAAAUACAACAGCGAGGAAGGAUACACGGUCCCUGUAUUCAUACAACACGAAGAACCGAUUUAUCCUUCGGUCGGAACAACAGGGGCCGGAGUGAGAGGCCAGGUACCGACAGGAACCGGUGGAGUCGGUUUAACAGGCGGCUACGGGAAAACUGAUUUCGCGAGACCUAAUUUGAACAUCAGUAUUUACGGCAAUGAGAUUCCUACCGGCUACAACGUUCAGACAGGCACUACCGGCGCGAUUCAACCUGGUACUAGCGUGGACGGAAGUAUUAUUACCAGUGAUUCUUUCACGGGAACUGUAUUCAGUCACGGCCACGUUCCCGGAGCGGUGUCAACUCCUGCCAUUAACCAGGGCGGAGUUCUAAUCGGAGGAGGUCAACCUGGCUAUGUCGCCACCUCUUCCGGAACACCGGGAUAUGCGAUCAGCGACGGAGUGAAAACCGUCGACGUCGGAUCGGCCAGUCCGGGAACUUUGCUGUACAGCACGCCGAGUCCUGCGAUCUCAAUAAGCGGCCCUUCGACGGCCGGUGUCCAUUUGAAAGGUGACUCUACUCCGGGCGUCGUUAUCUCCGGACAAACUGCUCCUGGAGUAUCUCUAGGAGGUUCCAUUCAGUCGGGUUUGACCAUCGAGAGCUCGACGCAUAGGCCGUACGAUCAGUCACAAUCAACGUAUCACGGCAUCAGUGGCACCCCUGGGGGUUCAAUUACCUAUUCGAGUAGCACGCCAAGCGAAGGCCUGAUACCUACAGCUCCUCACGGGUACAAAACUGACGAAGGACGCGGUACGUUCAGCACCGCUUACGACACUAACAAGUAUACGGAAAACGACAUUCUGGACUACAGGCCGACGGGCGCCAAUCUUCCCGACUCAAUCGUUCCGGGUGGUAUUCCUGGCUCUACUUUCGAAGGCCCGUCCACCCCAGGAUAUUCCUCGAGUAAGUCAGCCGUUUUCACACCAAGCGGAUUCACGAAGACUGGCCCGACCAGAACAGGUAUAACCACCGCUGUUCUCGGAGGGGGCGGCAGUUACUCGGUAAGCACAGGUGAUCGUCGGCCUGCUUACAAUCCCGACAACAUUAGUGAAAAAGCAUUCGCGGGGAACGUUGCUGGAUAUACCAAGACGUCGUUUACUGACGGCCCGUCCUUCACCUUGACUCCACCAGGCUACUCCUCGACAGCCGCGCCAGGUGGUCGCGUUCAGUCAACUACUUCCGGUUAUUCGUAUCCCAAACCAAGCGUUCAAUUCGAAACUAACGAAGCCACGUCCUCCCCAAGGCCCGUUGGGUCGACUGGAUUUAAUUUACCGGUUACGACGCCGUUCUUCAGCCGCUUGCCAACGUCAACGGUCCGACCCAUAAUUUACACCACUGAACAUCCGGAGCUUUACCAAACGACUCUCUUCGAGUCGAAGAAGAUACCAGAAGCUGUGUCGACCAUCAGACCUAUUAUAGUCCCCGAUUACAUUUCCCCGACAACCAGUCCGGUGUCCGUAUUCACCGAUGACCGGUUCACUCAACGAACGGGCGGUUCGCAAACUGCAUCAGCAUCCACGUCUGGCUUCGAUUCAGGAGUUCCCUUCCGACAGACCGAUUCGAGCGGCCCGACAGGAUAUAGCUCGUCGGUGGGAUACCUCCCGGCGAAGUCAACUGGGCCUGGCGCAAUUGCAUCCACCAUCAAGUACGACGCGUCUACGGUAACUGCGCGACCAGAGCCUGGUAUAACGUACAAGAAACCUUCAUCGAUCCCCGACGUUUCGUAUGGAGGGCCUUCCUCGUUCCAAACGCCCACCACAUUCAGACCUUCCAGCGGUUAUUAUCCCGGCCAAGGGUUUUCAACCACUCCGUCUUCUCUAGGGACAACCCCUGGCGGUGGCUCCCCGACAAACCUGGGUAUCUCAAGAGAUAAGAUCGACAAGUUGAUUACAAACUAUGACAGAGGCACCGUCAAGUACACGCCGACUGUAUACGAUACCUAUUCGAGCUCAGGAUUCGACUCGACCAAGAAAUUCACCUCGUCGCUGUCUUCCUCAAAGGUCGGCAGUGGAUUCACAAGGCCAUCCGGCAUCCUCGGCCCCUCCACACUCUCAUAUGAAGUUACCACAAAAUCGCCCGAAGGCAAGGGCAAGGUCAUCAUCAAGUGGAGCGACCUUCAUCCACUUCUCCUGGGUAAACUCGGGGCAGAGUGCACAUGCAAGGCCGAUCCCUUUGCCAACCUUCGCGGCCCGGUAAAGAAGCUGAUCGAAUCUUCCAAGGGCAAGGUGGAUCUGGCCAACUACGACUCUUCCGAGAUCUACGUUGAUUUUGGCUCUUCCGCAGAGAACGACUAUUCUACCGAUUACGGUCGGUUUCCAGCGCAGCCCUUUAAAAUUAGCGCACCCAAAACGACGUCCGUUUCGACCGGCCCGCCAUCGGCCUCUUACUUACCCGCGACAGAUGCUAGAAUAUCCGCGAACAGUAACGAGCUCCGCUCGGGUCAGCGAAUAGGCAAGAAAUUGCAGUACGAAGAGGAGGAAGAGGAAGAAGGAAACGAAGAUUACGACGACGAUCCUGACCAAAUAAUUAACGGGGUCACCGAUUGCGCCAGGCCAGGCCUCUUCAGACAUCCCGGCCUCUGUAAUAAAUUCUACGCUUGCCACUGGGACCAGUGGAAGAAGAAAUUCACGCUUCACAUCUUUAAUUGUCCUGUUCAUUUAACGUUCGAUUCGAGCGCGGGCGCGUGCAACUGGCCAAGUAAGGGACCAGCUUGCCAAGCCAACAAUUUAUUAGUGUAAAUGCGUCAUUAGACUCUUAUCAUCGGUCGAUUAACGUUUUCUUUAUAUCUUCGUGGGGCUUCAUCUAAAAUUCUUUUGUACAUAAUGAAUAGAAGAAGUCAGGGGUGCAAUUGUACAUUUUAAAAUCACUUUUUAGAUCGCUCAGUUCGGAAGAUCAAUUCGCUCUUAUACAAUGGCACGUUGCGAGUGCGGUGGCAUGUCGUUAAAUAACGAGCGAUUGUUGCUUUCACGCGGAUUGAUCUCCCGGCCUUGGAUUUCUUUUGGGGUUUAUCUUGACACCCAGAUCCCCAAACGUUUGCAUUGAAUAGCAUCGAUAAAUAUCUCGUCCAAGCGAAUCUCCUAGCGUCGGAGAGUGGAGUCGUGGGAAGAUGGAGACUUGUUGAGACGUAAGAAGAAGGCCAAAUCCAAGGCGAUCGAGGUACUGCAGGAAAGCGUCGUCAGAGUGAAAGUAGUCCGUGCUCAUCGAUCCAAAUCGCGAAAAACCGCUGGGUAUCAAUGUAAUACAGCCCGUACUUCUAUAUUCUGAAUUUAUGGAAAAGACGUGGAAUGAGUCGCUUAAGAAAAAUCCGCCUACUCGUCGAUAUAUUCUACUAAUGAUAAUAAUAUGUCAGCAAUACGUUUCUCUCUGAUAAAAUUAACACCGUGCGAAAAGUCGGAGUUUGAGGAUGACAUGAAUAAAUAAUAACGCUUGCUCUUCGUUCUUAAAUGUCACUCAUUUCAUGGAAAUUUCGUGUUCAAGAAUUAUAUGUAACGAGUAUUUCCUAUCUCGGGUCGCCCGAGGUUGCCUUUCCCCCUCCCCCUCCCUUUUAUCUGGCGUAACGAUAUCGAUAACGCGUGCUGCACGAUUGAUACUCUUCCUGAUCGAGUUUGCGCUUUCCUUUCCGGGUAUCCACAACUUCCUGACAUUCCUCAGAUAAUUGUUCAAAAGUUACUUAUUACAUACUGCGCGCUCGCGCUUCCCUUGAUUUUCCGUCCCUAUAUCUUACCUUUCAUAUUCUCACAAAAUAUAAUUUAUUCGUCGCUUAUUAAGAAAACGUAGCGAUAAUGUCAACGUCUACUCUUUCUACGGUUCUGACAGCGCUUUAAUUAUCGCCCCGAGCAUUUAUCGAGCGGUUAAUUGAGUACUGUUAAGAUCUUAAAUAAAAAAUUGCGUGACCAAGA